AUGGCCACGAAGAAACUCUAUGGACAUGUCUUUUGCCUUCGGGAUGACGGGACAUUUUUCCCUAAUGAGUUCCUUGAGGGCGAGUCCAACAUUCGAGACGCUGUGGUUGACCCGGCCUUCUUCAAGGAACUUGCCAGCUUUAUCAACAUAAACUGCCUAGCAAAUCUUCUCGCCUUGGAAUACCUUGUUCGUUUUGAAGAUGGGGUCAAGAGUAUGGAGCUUAUGGUUGGAGAGGAUAGUACUGUGGCGGUGGAUGAGAAGGACGUGGUUGGUUUUGGUCAGCACCGUCUCACUACUGGAUGGCAUUUUCAAGUGUAA